UCCACAUUCUGAAAGAGCGGAAUGAUUGGGCACGUCCAAAAUCUGGAGCCGGCUACUGUAAUGCACAAAAUCGGUUCGUCCUGAUCCCUGCGCCCAUGAGAUUCAUCAACGAAUAGGCACGUCUGAAAUCGCUCCCGCUGUGGAGGCUGUGGACAAGAGGGAAUGUGCAACGCGUGCAAAGUACACACCGUAUGCUCCAAUGCCGUUGGCACUGCCCUGAUCCUCAAGUUUUAUAUCCGAUGUUCCUUCACUCUCCAUUCCCUCCAUUUCUUGUGCUAAUUCCAAGCUCUUUUGUGAAAAUGUCGCUGUCAAUCGAGUCCAUUGUCGCUGUUGUCGGCCUCUUUAUCGCUAGCCCGCCGGUAGCUCUUUUGCUGUGGAAGUGUCUCAAGAGAAGGCAACGGAACAGAGAACCAGAGUUGCCGAACACAAGUCAGCAUGUAGCAGAACUGGGCCAAAGAUUCUACUAUCGACCUGGAGCCCGUUGCAUGUACGCGAUCCGCACCCAAACGAGCUUCGAGGCUGGGAUAAUCUGGCCCAUUCCCAUUGCUGAUGAGGAGAUGGUUACUUUCCCAGUCGAUCUUCGAGGUUCUUAACGUCUUGCACUGGCACUUCGAAUGCCCUGGAUUAUUGGAUACCUAGCGAAAGGAGACAUCAUCAAUAAGCCGUCAUAGCCGUCGAAGGGCAACCCGGAAAGAGGAGCAACACGGCCAACGGAAGCGGAGGUUGAGAGGGUUUUGCUUUACUUGUAUGAAUGGCGCAAGGAACAGUGUUUGAU